AUGGAAGAAAUCAAGUUAAAGUCUAUAGAAAAGUUUUAUGAAGGCGCUGAAAUAUUCAUUACUGGUGGAACGGGAUUUGUGGGAAAAGUGUUGAUUGAGAAGCUUCUUCGGUCAUGUCCCAAUAUUAAAACUAUUUAUUUGUUGAUAAGAAGAAAAAAAGGGAAAAAUGGAGAAGAAAGAAUCCAAGAGCUAGUAACAAACAACAAAUUGUCCGAUUUUGUGAACAAACUUCACGCAAUUGAUGGGGAUGUCAUGGAGAUUAACUUAGGAAUUUCUAAUUCUGAUCGAGAGAAACUCAAAGCAUGUUCAGUGAUUUUUCAUGCGGCUGCUUCAGUUCGAUUCAAUGAUCCUUUGAGAAAAGCAAUUCUCUUAAACACUCGAGGGACUCGCGAAACAUGCAAAUUGGCUACAGAACUUCCCAAUUUAAAGUCUUUCGUGCACGUAUCGACAGCUUACAUUGAGCCAAGAAACUUGUACGUUGAGGAAAAAGUUUAUCCCAUCCAUGCCAACUGGAGAACUUACAUUAACUACGCAGAAAAUGUUGAAGAAGAAAUUUUGAAUUUCUUGACACCAAAACUAACAAAAUUUGCUCCAAAUACUUAUACAUUCACCAAGCAUUUGGCUGAACACGUAUGCAUCGAUUACAUGAAGGAAUACAAUUUACCAGUCAUUAUUUAUCGACCUUCAAUUGUAACAGCUUCUGAGGUUGAGCCUGUCCCCGGGUAUUUGGAUAAUCUUAAUGGGCCCGUAGGCCUCAUCAUAGCUGCCCAGUUGGGAUUGUAUCACGUAUCUGUUGGUAAUGUUUCAUUUGAAUUGAACAUGAUUCCAGUCGACAUUUGCGUUAAAGGAAUGAUUGUGGCUUCGGUCAAGAACGCGAAACAAAACGAUGAAGUUUGUGAGAUUGAAGUAAUUAAUGCAGCUUCGAUUAAGCAUUUAACGGUGCUAGUGUUAAUGCAUGCUAUAAAAACUUUCAAACAAAACUCAUUGAAAGUAAUUGACGUGACAAGUGUGACGUUUACGUCAUGCACUGCUUAUGCUUGGAUGAUAAGAAUUUUUCGGCAAAUCAUUCCCUCUGUCAUCAUAGAUAGUUUACUUAAAAUGACAAAGAACGAACCAAGACUUAUGAAGAUUCAAAGAUUGAUCUUUGACGCCGAGAGAAAUUUGAAAUAUUUUCAGUAUCGAAAGUUUAAGAUUCCCAAUCAUAAUUUUCACGAUUUAAAUUUGAAUAUUCCUCUUAACGAAAGAAAGGAUUUCAUGGUGAAUGAAGUAAGUUUUAAUCAACUAGAACUUAUGGGUCAAGUUCAAGAAGUGAUAUUUCUUAUUCUGAUCUAA